AUGGAAUUCGAUAAAGAAAGAGACGCAGAAUUAGAAUUCAAAACAUCCAAAAAUGUCCAAGUCGUUUCUUCAUUCGAAGAAAUGAACCUAAAGGAUGAUUUAUUAAAAGGUAUAUAUGGAUAUGGGUUUGAAGCACCAUCAGCCAUUCAAUCAAGAGCUAUUAUGCAAAUCAUAAGUGGGAGAGAUACAAUUGCUCAAGCGCAAUCAGGGACUGGUAAAACUGCCACUUUCUCAAUAGGGAUGUUGGAGGUUGUUGAUUCUAAAAACCGUGAAACUCAAGCUUUGGUAUUAAGUCCUACAAGAGAAUUAGCUAUUCAAAUUCAAAAUGUUAUUAAAGCUUUGGGUGAUUAUAUGAAUAUUCAAUGUCAUGCUUGUAUUGGUGGUACUAAUGUCGGUGGUGAUAUUAAAGCCUUGGCUAAAGGUCAACAUAUCGUUAGUGGUACACCUGGUAGAGUAUUGGAUGUUAUUAAAAGAAGAAAUUUAAAUACAAGAAAUGUUAAAAUGUUGAUUUUAGAUGAAGCUGAUGAAUUAUUAAGUAAAGGUUUUAAAGAACAGAUAUAUGAUAUUUAUAGACAAUUACCUGCUGGAACUCAAGUUGUUGUGGUGAGUGCAACUUUACCAAGAGACGUUUUAGAUAUGACUUCAAAAUUUACUACGGAUCCUGUAAAGAUCUUGGUUAAAAGAGAUGAAUUAACAUUGGAAGGUAUUAAACAAUAUUUCAUUGCUGUGGAAAAAGAAGAUUGGAAAUUUGAUACAUUAUGUGAUUUAUAUGAUUCAUUAACAAUCACUCAAGCUGUUAUAUUUUGUAAUACUAAAAAAAAAGUUGAUUGGUUAUCUGAAAAGAUGAAGGAAUCAAACUUCACAGUGGUGGCAAUGCAUGGUGAUAUGAAACAAGAUGAAAGAGAUCAAAUCAUGAAUGAUUUUAGAUUGGGUAAUUCAAGAGUUUUAAUAUCCACUGAUGUUUGGGCAAGAGGUAUUGAUGUUCAACAAGUUUCAUUAGUUAUCAAUUAUGAUUUACCAAUUGACCGUGAGAAUUAUAUUCAUAGAAUUGGUAGAUCUGGUAGAUUUGGUAGAAAAGGUGUUGCCAUCAAUUUUGUCACAACUGAAGAUUACCCAAAUUGA